ACAGCAGGAGCCGUGGCAUGCUCAGGAGAGCGGGACCAUCUCUGCGUCACUUCUUGCUGGAGAGGAAGAGCAGCGCUGGAUAUAGCUCCUACUCCAGCGAGGCAAAAAUGUCAAGGCCAGUGCAAGCUCGGAGGCUGGAGGGAAUAGAUAAGAAUAUCUGGGUGGAUUUUGUAAAACUGGCUGCCACCUACUCCACGGUGAACCUGGGACAAGGCUUCCCCGACUUCCCCCCACCAGACUUUCUGAAGGAGGCGUUCAUGAGAGCCCUCAGCGGGGAGAACCACAUGCUGCACCAGUACACCCGUGCCUUCGGCCACCCGCUUCUGGUGAAGAUGCUAGCUCAGUUUUUUGGGAAGCUGCUUGGACGAGACCUGGAUCCUAUGACCAAUGUGAUGGUGACUGUGGGGGCAUACCAGGCUCUCUUCUGCUGCUUCCAGGCUUUCGUGGAUGAAGGAGAUGAGGUGAUAAUCAUUGAGCCCUUCUUUGACUGCUAUGAGCCGAUGGUGAAAAUGGCUGGUGGGAUGCCCGUGUUUGUCCCGCUGAGACCGAAAGCUCCAAAAGAUGGAAAACUGAUGUCAAGUGCAGAUUGGCAGCUGGACCCAGCUGAACUGGCUUCUAAAUUCAGUGAACGGACAAAAGUCAUCGUCCUGAACUCACCCAACAACCCUCUGGGCAAGGUAUUCAGCCGAGGGGAGCUGGAGCUCAUUGCAGACCUGUGUGUGAAGCAUGACAUCCUGUGCAUCAGCGAUGAGGUGUACGAGUGGCUGGUGUACGACGGGAAGGAGCACAUCCGCAUCGCCAGCUUGCGAGGGAUGUGGGACCGCACGGUGAUCAUCGGGAGUGCUGGGAAAACCUUCAGUGCCACUGGAUGGAAGGUGGGCUGGACCGUGGGUCCUAACCGGCUGCUGCAGCACCUCCGUACCGUGCACCAGAACUCCGUGUACCACUGUGCCACGGUUGCCCAGGAGGCCGUGGCUCAGGGUUUCCAGAGGGAGCUCGACCUCUAUGGGAAACCAGAAAGCUACUUCAUCCAACUGCCCAAGUUGCUGCAACAGAAGAGAGACUGGCUGGUCCAGAGCCUGGAUGCUGUGGGGAUGAAACCCAUCGUCCCUGAGGGCACCUACUUCUUGGUGGCAGACAUCUCUGAGUUCAAAUCCGAUGUCCCUGAUGUCACCGACUCCGAUGAGCCCUACGACUCCAGAUUUGCAAAGUGGAUGGUCAAGAACAAGGGACUCGCCGCCAUCCCGCUCUCUGCUUUCUACUGUGGGGCCCACAAGAACAACUACGACCAUUUCAUCCGGUUCUGCUUCGCAAAGGAGGAAGCCACGCUGAAGGCAGCAAAUGACAUAUUGCAAAAAUGGAGACAGGAGAAAACCAGGCCCUGA